AAGCUGAGAUACAUUUCACAUUCAUUUCUCUUCCCGAAAUAAGCAGAGAAACUCGAAAAUGCCCGAAGAAAAGCCCCCCGAGUUUAAGUUUCCCAUGCAUGACUUACACUUGAAGCAAACGUUUCGCAAUGUAAAAAUGGCCUGCACUUUGGCCCUGUUAGCUCCACUUCUUUUCUACACUUUACACAACAAUCCGCGCAAGAGGAAGUACAGGAACUUUUACUCCACUUACGAUCCCAUGGAUGCGUUCGACCGCAUGAUGAGUGGAGGAUACCUAUCGUCCUGUCCUCCGGGCAGUGGUCCCAAAAAGGAUGACAAGAAGAAGAAAUAGAUCAAGGUACCGACAGUAUCUUAUCUCAAUUCCCAUUGAACACCAUAUAGACAAAUUAACCAUGUAACCCCUUGUCGACACACCUCCUAAAUGGAAAUCAAAAUUUACAUGAACUAGUUAACACAUUGCAUUACAAAUAAAUUGGAGCAUUGCAAACU